AUGCUGGCCUAUAAUGCUGUAAGAGCUUCAGGAGCUCAAAAUAUUUACCAUUUUUUCCCCUUUUUAAACAGGCACUACUUUGCACUGCCCACUAAUCCCGGUGAGCAGUUCUUUAUGUUUUGCACGCUUGCCGCUUGGCUGAUCACUAAAGCGGGACAUCCCUUCGAACAGCCACAAGAAUAUGAUGACCCCAAUGCAGUAAUAUCAAAUGUACUCUCAGAACUGCGAUCAUUUGGAAGGCCUGUGGAUUUUCCUCCCUCAAAAUUAAAGGCAGGUUAUGGAGAGCAAGCGUGCUAUGUUCUUGAUUGUUUAGCUGAAGAAGCCUUGAAAUACACUGGCUUUAGCUGGAAAAGGCCAGCAUAUCCAACAGAAGAGCUAGAAGAAGAAGAAAUAACAGAAGAUGAUGCAGAAUUAACACUUAAUAAACUGGAAGAGGAUGUUAUGGAAGAAGAGUCGGACAAUGAAGAAAAUUUUAUUGACCUGAAUGUUCUGAAGGCACAAACAUGCAGAUCAGACAUGAAUAACUCUGCAAAACAAGAAGAGAUUUUACAGUCCACGACAGAUGCAGCAGAGUGGAAUCUGGAAGUGGAACGUGUGCUUCCACAGCUGAAAGUUACAGUCAGGACUGACAAUAAG